CUGAUGGUACGGUCCAAAAUGUGGCGUCAUAUGACUCGCUUUGUUUAUGUUGUUAUUUUUUUAGCCUACAAACAAACGCAUUUCUUUCCGUGCGUUGGUCCAAAAUGCGGAGUCUUGUGAAUUGGCGUAUGUUUAUAACCUUUUUGGUCGUUUUUUACCAACAAAAUGUUGUCGCAGUGGAAAUGGUCGGAGGGUUGACCGAGGAGAAGCAGGCUGAUGAAGCAGUUCAGAAGAUCUGUGAUGCAAUGAAGCCUCUCGCAGAGCAGAAAACCGGGAGAAACUUCGAGGUUUUCACUGCAAAGAGCUACAAAACACAGCUCGUAGCUGGGACCAACUACUUCAUUAAGGUCCAUGUGGGAGGAGACGAAUAUGUUCACCUUCGUGUUUACAAGAAACUCCCAGCUUAUGGAGGAACGCUCGAGCUAACCAGGCUGCAGCACCCCAAGAGUCAAUAUGACACUAUUGCGUACUUCUAAUGGGAGAACGAACCAGCCAAAGCAUCAGUGCCCACAGUAGUCUCAUUGUAAUCCAUUAAUAACCUGCUUUCCUUGUUUACAUAUAAUAACAUACUGUAGGUAAUGGAAAUAAGGCAAACUAGAUCAGUUAAAUACGAGGUGGGUAAAUAAAUAAAGCAGAUUUUUAUCUGUGUGUGUGUGUGUGUGUGUGUGUGUGUGUGUGUGAUAAUUGUGAGAUACAUCCUGUGGUCAUAGGGGCUAUUUUUAAGUAUGUGAUUGGUUGGGGAAUUGAACUGACCCACAAUUUACCAAUUUUGUGACUCACUUGAGAGAUGCCCUCAGAAUAGCAAGGAUAACCAGCUCAGUUUCAAAGAAACAUGUAAAACAGCUACUUUUGUCCAUAGUGAAACAGAUAAUACAUUUGAAAUAAACAUUAUGCUUUAAAAAGAGCUGUAAAAUAGUGAGACAUCUAUAGUCUGUGCUGUAACUCAGCAGUAUUGGGACAUCGCUCUGGCAGUGUGUUUGGGAUCAUCGUCUCACUGAAAAACGAAGCCAUCUGGUUGUUGUAAAGGGGUUUUCUCAUGGCCAUGGAAAUGAUUCUGCGAUCAUCCACCACGGUUGUCUUUCUUUGACAUCCAGGUCUUUUUUGCAUUGCUGAGUUCACCAAUCCUUUGUUUCUUUCUCAGGAUGUACCAAACUGUAAAUUUUGCCACUCCUAAUAUUGUAGCAAUUUCUUGGAUGGGAUCUUUCCAUUGUCAUAGCUUGAGGAUGGCUUGUUCCACCUACAUGGAGAGCUGCUUUGACUGCAUGUUGUCUGUUCACUAGUGAUGUGCGAUACCACUGAUUUCCUUUCUGAUCCAAUACUAAGUAAAAUUCAGGGCGGUAUCGACAAUACUGA